AUGGAUAUCAGUUCAACGAACCCAAACAUUAAUUCAACGGACCCAAAUUGGAAUCUUUUCUUGCACCAAUUACAAGCUGAAAAUCAACGUCAGAAAUUCACAGAACAGGUGCAAACGUUGACAGGUCGUUGUUGGGAUGUGUGUUUCUCGGAUUAUCGACCACCAAGUAAGUUAGACGGCAAAACACAGAAUUGUAUCAACAACUGCGUGAAUAGGAUGAUCGACGCCAGUAAUUUCAUGGUGGAACAUUUACAGAAAAUGAGUGCUACUGAAAUGAGGUGA